UUGUGUUGGGGUGGGGGGUCGCUGCAGGAAGCCGAGGGGCAUCCCCCGAAGUCUGGCGUGCUGUCCUCCUCCUCCUCUCCAAGGGAAAGAAGAAAGCCGACCUGGGAGCUGGCAGUAUGGCUUUGAGCUCCCGGGCACAUGCAUUCUCCGUGGACGCGUUGGUGGGCAAUUCUCCCAAGCGGAAAGUCUUCGAUUUGGAAGAGGAGCAGGCUGCUGAGAAGGGGUCCCUCAAGAAAAGCCAGGUGCCAGAAAAGAAAUCCAAAGGAGAAAUGUCUCAGGAAGCCAAAGAAGCAACGGGAGACAUCCAAGUGGACUUGCAAGGUUCGGAGCUGUGGAAGCGGUUUCAUGAAAUUGGCACAGAGAUGAUCAUUACCAAAGCAGGCAGGAGGAUGUUUCCAUCCGUGAGAGUGAAAGUUAAAGGCCUGGAUCCCAUGAAGCAGUAUUACAUCGCCAUAGACGUGGUCCCUGUUGAUUCCAAAAGAUACAGGUACGUCUACCACAGUUCCCAGUGGAUGGUGGCUGGAAACACCGACCAUUCUUGCAUCACUCCUCGGCUCUACAUCCACCCGGAUUCUCCUUGCUCUGGGGAGACCUGGAUGAGGCAGAUCAUCAGCUUCGACCGGGUGAAGCUGACCAACAACGAGAUGGACGACAAAGGGCAUAUUAUUCUGCAGUCAAUGCACAAAUACAAACCCAGAGUCCACAUCAUCGUCCAGGAUUCCCGAUUUGAUCUGUCCCAGAUCCAGUCCUUGCCAGCAGCAGGGGUCCAGAGUUUCUCCUUUAAAGAAACAGAAUUCACCACAGUUACAGCUUAUCAAAACCAGCAGAUAACAAAACUGAAGAUAGACCGAAAUCCCUUUGCUAAAGGAUUCAGAGACCCAGGACGAAACAGAGGUGUCCUGGAUGGGCUGUUGGAGUCAUACCCUUGGAGACCAUCCCUUAUGCUGGAUUUUAAGUCUUUCGGUACCGAAAGUCAAGGAGGAAGCCCUGGAUCUUCCCCCGCGACAUCCACCGGGGGCACCCCAUCCCCCCUCGGCUCCCUCCUCUCCCCUUCCUGUUCUCCUCCAACAUUCCACCUGUCCGCGGCCAACCUUGGGACGACCUGUCCAGAUUCGUACCUCCACCACCUUGGCCUGCCCAUCUGCUACAAGAUCUGCCCGACCAGCCUUUUAAGACAGCCGUCGCUGAUGUAUCCAGGCCACCACAAACUGGGCAGCACUGCCAGCCCCCCGCUUUUGCCCCACUUCAUGGUGGAGGUGCCCCCACUGUCUUCUCUCAGCAUCGCCAAUGCCAAAAGUGGCAAAGCGGAAGACUCAGCCCUCCCCAGCCCCCAGGGGCCCGGCUCCGUGGGGCACGUGCUGUACGGUUUACAUGCAUCAGGAAACGUUUUCCCCACAGGCCCCGUCACCCGGGAAGCGCUGCAUUGUGCUCUGCACCCCCCCUACGGCUUCUACGGUUAUAACUUUUCAGUGCCUUCCCGGCUGAUGAGCUCAGUGGGCCACCUCAAGCCCCACGAGGGCAUCCCUUCCCCUCUCCAGGAAAGCAGGUGCAGCCACACGUCCUGGACCUCCGCAAUCAACCACUGCCUCUAG